CGCUCUGAGCUGUUAAACUCUCACCUCCUCUUCCUGCGUCCCCUCUGGUGGUUGUGUGACCCUGUGACCUUUCCACCUGUAGCAGGUCGGAUGAAUCUGACCCCUCUCUCGUCCUCAACUCCGCGUCAACAAUAACGAAAAGAAAGGAGGGAGAGGGAGAGAGACGCGGCGCAAAUAAGCGAACCCGUCGACGUCCUUCAGUGCAUCUGUGGCCACAGCUCUAAUUAUCUGCCCACGCCAGGAUGCGCCGCGCCGCGCCGCUUCGCCAAAGCAGAGAAAUGUUUCCGCCUGCUUGUCAUUACCGCGCUCUCGACUGCUGGAUGCAGACGCGCCGCCGCCUCAGCUCGCCCGCCGCGCAAGUUUCUCCGCCGUGCGCCCCCGACACAGUUCAGGUGUGACCUUCUCCCCGCUUCUCCUCUUCUCCCAUCUCGCCGCCCCUGCAGGAAGUGUCCGUGCUGUACAUUACUAUGCGAGCAGAGGGGCCGGAGGUCGGCGCAGCCCGGGACUGAUCGCUCUCUGACACCGCGCGCCUCUUCCUCUUCCUCGGACGCGUCUCGGAGGUACAGGAGCCGCCGCUCCGGCUCUCCUCGGUUAAGUGCCAUGUCCACGCGAAAGACGUCGUUGACGGACAAGCAAGCUAAAAACGGCACGUCAAAAUAUGUGUUGGAGAGAUGCGCCUCUAUUAACGAGUACUACGAUGUUGCCUUCAAGGUGAUGCUGCUCGGAGACUCUGCGGUGGGGAAGACGUGCGUCUUGGUGCGCUUUAAAGACGGGGCGUUUCUGGGAGGAAACUUUAUAGCCACCGUUGGAAUAGACUUCAGGAAUAAAGUGGUGGAUGUUGACAACCUGAAAGUCAAGCUGCAGAUCUGGGACACAGCUGGUCAGGAGAGAUUCCGCAGCGUAACGCACGCCUACUACAGAGAUGCCCAGGCGUUACUUCUACUUUACGAUAUCACCAACAAGCCAUCUUUUGAUAACAUCAGGGCUUGGUUGACUGAAAUAUUCGACUAUGCCCAGAAGGAUGUGGUCAUCAUGUUGCUCGGCAACAAGUCAGACAUGGCUGCAGAGAGGGUGGUGAAGACAGAGGAAGGAGAGAAGCUGGCCAAGGAAUAUGGAGUCCCGUUCAUGGAGACCAGUGCGAAGACGGGGGUCAACGUUGAGCUGGCUUUCCUCGCAAUAGCAAAGGAGCUGAAGCACAGAGCAACGCAGCUGCCAAAUGAGCCCAAGUUCAAGCUUCACGACUACAUCGAAUCUCAGAAGCACAAGUCUGGCUGCUGCAGGCUCGGGUAGCAGAAGCUGAACGCCACGCAGAGAGAUAAAGGGUAGAGAAAGGAGGGAGGGAGGAAGGGUGGGAUUGAAGAUGGGGUCAAGGUAAAAAAGAAUAAAGAUGAAAUGUCAGCUCUCUCUUAUGAAAAGCCAAUCCAAGCAACCAUACGCCCCACAAUCCCUCCCGAGAGGCGGAUGUUCUUCUGCGCAGAGCUUUUUGGCUGAGUGGAAGCGAAUCUGGACUUACUGCCAUCCCUUUGCUGAAAUGUGAAUUUAAAUAGUUUGUGUAAUGUGUAGAAACGUUCGUGGUCUUUGUGGUGACAGUUGUAUCAGAGUACAAAUCAGGAGUAACGAUCUGAAAUGCUAUACCCGUCAGCAGGGACUCCCUUGACAAGCGGCAGGUUUUCAUGGGCCAUCAAAGCGACUGUUGAUGUGGAUAUAGCAUUUGAUUUGGUUUUAUUUUCUCUGUGUGAACUGAACCCCAUCCUUUUGGCCUUACAGUCUCCAUCUUCAGUCGAGAGCUCACAGUCAGGUUGUAGCUAAAUGGCCCCAUCUGUUUUCAUCUGUACUGCUGUUAGGUAGAAUAAAGCCAAUAUUUUGAGGGUAAUUACCAACCUCGUGUCCGUCUGCACGUUCAUAUCAAGACGCUGUAGAUGUACCGAUCCAGUCAGAACUUCACAUACGCUCAUCAUGGAUGUUAAUGUCGCGUUUAUUUAGGCAUUUAACAAUAUUUUUGAACGUCCUUUUUCUACGUGUGACACUUUUCCAACAUUAAACUUCAAUCAUUUUUCAGAAAAGAACUGGAAGUUUAAUGUACGGUGUCGUUCUCCAACUCACUUGGUGUCGAAUUGGUCGUUCAACACGAAAGAAGACUUUAUUUUGAUAGUGUCAAAUUUUAGACUUCAGUAAGUUUUCAAUACGAAAGCUGUCCUGUAGUUUGGAAGAACUAAUUAAGUUAUUGGCUUCUAGAAAAUGGACAGAAAAUCCAGAUUUUAGCGGUUAAAUAUUCGUAAGCGCCAUAAAUAAGCUUCCUGUAUAAAUCUGGCUUAACAUAAGUCUUCUUUUCUCAUCAGAAUACGUACAGUUCAGUACUGUUUGGUGUCUCGCGACAUAGAGACACAAACAUUUUCAAUAGGUAGAGCCACUUCCUUAGGUGAAGGUAAUUUGAGAACAUUCAUUAGAGCCAGCUUUAUCUGUUUAAAACCCAGUUUUAUUGUGAGUGUUGGAUCAUUGGCUUGUUUGAACACCAAACUGUUACCAAAAUUGAACCAUCUAGUUGUUGACUUUUAAGGAAAGUUGAGGAGUUUGGGGUUCGUCCUCCGUAAUUAUUUCCUGCACCACUUAAAUAGUUAAAAGUUUUACUUUAGCUCGUCCAAAAUCUCUUCUGGUCAUCAUCAUAGGACCGAGUUAAUGUUUUGGAUCACUUAAAUAGCUGAGUCAUAUAUAAUUUCCUCCGUUUUGUUCACUGGAUAACCUAGUUGCAUUCAUAGUGUACGGGAACCCCAUAGGGCCAAUUUCCAAGUAAACUGAGACUGACGUUUUUGUGUUUUGUUGUUCACCUUCUUGGUCCACUCCAGAGUCUAAAGGCCUCGUGAGGAGUGAUGCCCUCAAGCCUCCAUGUUCCUUGGGUUGUUUAUUAACAUCCUAAUGAAUUUGGAUCAUGUGGUUAAAACUUGGGCACAGCUUGUGAUCCAACAGCACAAUGAUCUCAAACACACAGCAAAACUGGGUUUGGAUGCGGGAAAAGGAGGCCGGAAUGACCCCUGACCCCAACUCGGUUGUACAUUUCACCAUCUGGGAUUGAAAACUGGGUCAGUGUCAGUAAACCGAUCAAUUUAAAUGAAUUGUACUUAUUCUUCAGCUAUUCCACCUUAAGUUGCAUGUUGUUCUGUCAGUCAAUUCUGGAGGAACAGCUUCAAAGAAAUCCUUAAAAGUGAAAGCUUACUGGGACUUUCAUAGAUUUCUUAGAGCAUACAAACAUCUUACUGGUGCUGUAGUUUCACCUCAUAUGACUAAUAAGAAUAAUAAUAAUAAAAACCACACUCCUACAGAUUCCCAAACUCCCCAAUCAUUAUUGUGUCUCUUCUAAUGAUGGAUGUUGUUGUCGAGGCUGUGCCAAGCUGUAUUUGUUGAUGCACCACUUCUGUAUUACUUUGUACUCUGUUCAUUAUGAAUGUUUGGUUCUCUCCCUCCUCGGAGGUGUCACAGUGAUCACAAAGUGCCAUUAAAGUGCUUUGUUAUCGUACAAAAGAUAUAAAAAGUAUAUUUUGUAAUGUA